AUGACGACUGUGUCCACCUUACAGGUGUGCCACAAUUGCCACCAGGACUCACAGGCCGCUGUCAACUGCCAGAUCAACCUGGAGCUCUAUGCUUCCUAUGUCUACCUCUCCACGUCUUACUACUUUGACGGCGGAGAUGUGGCUUUGCAGAACUUUGGCAAAUAUUUUCUUCACCAAUCUCAUGAGGAGAGGGAUCAUGCUGAGAAACUGAUGAAGUUGCAGAACUACAGAGGUGGCCAAAUCUUCCUUCAGGAUAUCAAGACACCAGACCGUGAUGGCUGGGAGAGUGGGCUGAAUGCAAUGGCGUGUGCAUUGCACUUGGGAAAAAAGUGUGAAUCAGUCACUACAGGACUUUCCCAAACUGGCACUGAUAAAAAUGUCCCUCGUUUGUGUGACUUUAUUGAGACUCACUCCCUGGAUGAACAGGCGAAAUCCGUCAAAGCACUGGGUGACCACGUUGCCAGCUUGCGCAGGCUGGGGGCCCCUGAGUCUGGCAUGGCAGUGGAUCCCUUUGACAAGCAUGCUUUGUCAAAGAGACAGUCCAGAGAGCUCAGCCUCAUGGUCCCUUCCCACAGCCACAGGGCACUUCCCUGGUCACCAGAGCAGUACGUGCUUGUCAAAGUGACCUUCACCUUUUCUAUAACUUGUACCAAAUCAUCCAUGUAUGUCUCUCAUUAG